AAGUGUGUCAAAAAUGGGCAAAACAACAAUUUUCAGCUUGUUUUGAAAAGAUUACCUGGAUUUUUUCAUUUAUGAGAAAAGAUGUUUAUAAAUCAGCAAUACGUAUCGGUAUAACCGCGGCCAUGUGCUCUGUAUUUGGUGAUUAGUUUUAAAAACAAUUGUGUGAGUGUCGUGGUUCCAGCAUCUUUGGACUCCAGCUGGAAGUGAAACCAUCAGGAUGGCUGAUGAUCCCGGACAGUCAUCAUCAUCAUCUCACUCAGCGGAGAUGGCCCACGAGGGCGCUGAACGGUCUCCGCAACGCGCCUCCCCCCCACACCAGUCACGCGCACCCCCCAGUGACUCCAGCUUCCACCAUCAAAUAAUGCAGAGUCAGAGCCCACGAAAGAACCAUAUCGCUGAGAGGGCCAAACAGUCGUUAGAAAAUAACUUCCUGUUACAACUGAAGAAGCAGCACCAGCUGCAGCAGGAGAUUCUGCUGCAGCACUUCCAGCAGCAACGCCAGCAGUUAGCGCAGCAACACGAGGAGCAGCUCAGGCACCACGUAAAGAUAUGGGAACAGCAGAAGGCGCUGGAGGAGGCCGCGGCGCGCGAGGCCCGCGAGGCGCGGGAGGCGCGCGAGCGGCACGAGCGCGACCGCGCCGACCUCUUGCGGAAGAAGGACAAGCACGAACCCAGCGCCAACGCUUCCACGCAAGUCAAGCAGAAGUUGCAGGAGUUCCUCAAAAAGAAACAAGCUGCCGCCAAUGCCAACGGAACGGUACCUGGAUCGUCCUACAGAAAUUGGGGCAUAGUAAAAUCAUCAUCGGGCGAGUCAAUAACGUCGACGGGCGCGACGGCGCACCCGUACCGGCUGCCCGCGCCACUGCCGCUGGCGCUCAACGCCGCCGUCUCGCCCAGUGAUUACCCGCUGCGGAAGACUGCGUCGGAGCCGAACAUGCUGAAGGUGCGCCUGAAGGCGCGCGUCAUCGAGCGCCGCGCCUCGCCCCUCGCGCGCCGCCCCCUCAAGACGCGCAUCAAGCAGAGAAAUUGCGAGGGAGGGUCCCCGCGCGGCUCCCCGCCCGGCGGCGCCACGGCGCCCAUCCGCGAAGAGGAGGAGUGCCCGCGCGCGCCCGAGCUGCUGUUCUCGUCGCCCUCCAUGCCCAACAUCUCGCUGGGCCGGCCGCACGCGCCGCACGCCGCCCACGCCGCCCUCGCCGGCCACCCCAGCCACCCCGCCCACCCCGCGCUGGCGCACCAGCCGCUGCCCGCGCACGCGCCGCACCCCGCGCACCAGCCGCCGCGACACGCGCCCCCGCAGACGGUACCUCCCUUGCCCUCGUACUUUUCGGCGGUCCUCGCUAUUAAGAACUUUAUUUUCAAACAUUUCCAACGAGCACCUAAGGAAUUCAUUACCACUUUUAACCCGUCAAUUAAAAAAAAUCGAUUAUCAAGGCGAUACAAAAAAAUUAUUGGUCCUUUUAAGAUACGAUUAAUCGAUUGCCGGAUCGACAUCGGCGUUCGUUUCCAGGUGAGCGCGUCCCUCCCUCCGGUGUCGGAGGCGGAGGCGUACGUGCCGACGGCGGGCGGCGCGAUUCCGCCGCGGCUGGGCAAGCGGCCGCUGGGGCGCACGCACUCGGCACCCCUGCCGCUCGGCGACCCCGCGCUGCAGCCGCUGGCGCUGCCGCUGCAACCCCCCACCGCCCACCACUACUUGCGGGAUCAGAUAAGAAAGACGGUGCUGACGCGCGCGCACGACGCGGCGGCGGCGCAGCUGCGCGAGGAGGAGGGCGAGGUCAUCGACCUGACGGCGCGGCGGGCCGAGCCCGCGCCGGCGUCAGCACUCUUACCACUUUCGCUUUCGCCGCACCCUGAAGCUGACGACGAAUGGCAAGGAGUAAGCAGUUGCCACUAG